GUUUCUUGCAGCAUCUGGUCCCAUCUUCAAUUGCCGGGUUCCCGGCCAGAAGGACACUUACUAUAUGUACCCCUCUGUCCCAAACUAGGAAUCAAGGAUUCCACCGCUCCAGUAUGGAAGAACCUGCAUCUGUCGAUGGUGUGGAAGAUGCGGAAAAAGGCAACGAGCCUCAGAGUCUUCCAGUCGAUCCCCUGGACUGGAGUGGGCCAGAUGAUCCAGACAAUCCCUUGAACUGGCCUGCAAGGAAACGAUAUCUUCAUGCCGUCCCUCCUGCAUUGAUAUCUUUCACCGCGACCAUUGGCACUUCACUCUACUCUCCAGCUUUUCCCAUCAUUCAGCGGGAUUUCCAUGUUGGUUCCACCGUGGCUUUGCUCCCAUUGUCACUCUAUGUGCUCGCCCUGGGAUCUGGACCCGUGCUCGCUGCUCCCAUCUCAGAAACAUAUGGGAGAUAUGUUGUCUAUCUGUUUUCGGGACCACUGGGUGCUCUCUUCACCAUGGGUGCCGGGUUCUCACAGAAUAUUUGGACACUGUGCAUCUUGCGCUUCUUCGCCGGCUUGACAUUCUCACCUGCCCUUGCAAUAGGAGCAGGCUCCAUUGCAGACGUCAACAGAGCCGAAACCCGAAUUGUACCCACGUGUUUCUAUAUUUUGAGUCUAUUCCUAGGACCUUCCUUGGGACCAGUGAUUGGCUCAUUCGUCACCGUCCGCAAAGGCUGGCGCUGGACCCAAUGGACGCUCAUAUGCUUCGCCAUCUUCGCCCAACUCUCCCUCCUGUUCGUCCAGGAAACCCACAAGAAAACCAUCAUCCAACGCCGGAACCAAAAGCUCGGCAUCCCGCCCCCGCCGUCCUCAUUCCCCACGCCCGCAGCCAGAAUCAGAUUCCUCCUCUCCGUCACGCUCCUCCGGCCUCUGCACAUGCUCCUCACCGAGCCCAUCGUCGGCUUCCUCUCUUUCUACGUCGCAUUUAAUUUCUCCAUCCUCCUGAAUUUCUUCGCCGCCUUUCCCUACGUCUUCAAAUCCGUCUACGCUUUCAGCACCGAGGAUGCAGGACUCGUCUUCUUGGCUAUCGGCGUUGGCUCUCUCCUCGCCGUGCCCACCUGUCUCCUAUGCGAUCGGUACAUGUACCAACCCCGGGCCCGGCAAAGCCAGAAAGAAGAAGGAGGGAAGACCGGGAUCGUCGCUCCAGAACACCGCUUAUACCCCGCGAUGCUGGGCUCCUUCGGGGUCCCCACCGGACUCUUCUGGUUCGCGUGGUCCGCACGCAAGGACGUCCACUGGGCCAGCCCCGUCGUUGCCGCUGUGCCUUUCGCGUGGGGGAAUCUGAGCAUAUUCAUCUCAGCAGCCACGUAUCUCGUCGACACCUACCAAGCAUCCACAGGCGCCAGCGCCAUGGCCGCGAACGGACUCCUGCGCUUCUCGCUCGGCGCCGCGUUCCCGCUCUUCGCGCUGCAGAUGUAUGGUAGGUUGGGCAUCGGAUGGGCGACGAGCCUGUUGGCGUUUAUCACGGUGGCUAUGAUGCCGAUCCCCUGGGUUUUGUUUAGGUAUGGCCGUAAGAUUAGGGGGAAGAGUAGGUAUGAUACUUUGAGGGCGUGAAUGAAUAGUGAACCCGCGGCGGAAAGGGGGAAGGGAAGAUGUAAGAUAUUAAUGAAGAUGGAUGGAUGGAUGGAUGAGGUAUAUAUGUUGAUUGAUAUAAUAUGGGUGUGUACCUACCUACCUUACUGUAAGAUACCUACCUGUCUCUCAUAACCAGAGCAAAAAAAACAAAAACCAAAAAUCAAUCAAUCCACCAAAGAAAGUCAAAC